AUGAACGUUGUUCCUAUUGACGACCCAGCAUCGUCGGAUCUUUUGACGACUGAGUCAAAUCCGUUCGAUCGGCUUCCGCAAGAGAUCCUCGCCGCCAUCUUGCGCCACGUGGCGCCAUCCGGCACGUCCUUUCAGCACGCGUUGGUGUGCAAGCGAUGGCACUGCGCGGCGUGCCUCGCGCAGUCAUCAGUCCACGUAGCGAAAUCUCGAGCCAUCUCCUCCCCGCGCCUCCUCCUCGCCCUCUCCCGCUUUCCCCGCCUCACCCACCUACAUAUCGAUCGAGACGGAGUCGAUUUCUUAGACGACGGGUUCCUGACAAUUCUCGCUAAAGGUGCUUGUAACGGGUGUGACAAUUACGCGGACGAGGAGAAGGAAACGGAAUUGGAGGAGGAGGAAAGUCACGAAGAAGGAUCGGGAGCCAUUGGCGCCGGGCAGAGAUUAGGUCUGAACGGCACUGGCAGUACUAGAGUCGGCGGCAAUGGUGGUAUAGUGGACGGCACUGGCGGUGGACUGGGCGGCACUGGUGAUACAGUGGGCGGCGGCGAUCAUAAGCCACAUGGCAUCAGAUACUCCAGUGGCAUCGGCUCGUCACUGGAGAGAAUGGCGAGAAUGACCAUCGACGGCACCCGCGCAGCAGCACAACCUGCUCUCGCGUCCCCGCUCCCACCGCCGCAUACCCAGCCGCGCACCUCCCCUCUCCGCUCUCUCUUCCUCGCGGAGGACCCGCGCUCCCCCCCGCGCAUCACAGCAGCAGGCCUGGACUCCCUCUUCCUCCACUGCCGCCUCUUACACUCACUCUCCCUGCACUGCGGCCCUGAGCAGUCUACGGGUGCUGGAGUUGGGUCUGUGCAAGAGCCUGAGGAGUUUGCCAGACUCGAUAAUGGAAUUGGGUCGGUUGGAAAGAGUGGUGGUGCUCGGGUGCAGGAGACUGGAGAGUGUGCCGGAAGGGAUUGCAGAGAUGCCGAGCGUGCAAGAGGUGGUCUUUAG